UGUUUGAGGAAGUUUGGAUCAACUUUUCUACCUGUGGACUCAUUAAAGUGUUAGCUGAAACCUGCAGCUCCAGUGACCGACAUCCUCCAACCAUGACCUCCACAUCCGACCUGGAGCAGCUGGCGGAGAUAGAGCUGAAGAAGGAGGAAGAGGAGGAUCAGAUGUGUGUCACAGACGCUCCGUCGGUUCCUCCCAGCAGUCCUGAUCCCUCGCACCCGUAUUACGACGUGGCCCGACACGGCAUCAUCCAGGUCUGCGGUGACGACAACUACGGCAGGAAGUUGAUCGUCUUCAGCAGCUGCUGUUUGCCUCCGUCUCACCAGCUGAACCACCGGCGCCUCCUCGAAUUUCUGAAGUUCACGUUGGACCAGUACGUGGAGAUGGACUACAUCCUGGUUUACUUCCAUCACGGUCUGAGGAGCAGCAACAAACCGUCUCUGAAGUGGUUACGAGAAGCGUACAGCGAGUUCGACAGGAAAUACAAGAAGAACCUGAAGACUCUGUACGUCGUCCAUCCCACAAACUUCAUCAGAAUCGUCUGGAACAUUUUCAAACCUCUCAUCAGUCACAAGUUCGGGAAGAAGCUGACGUACGUGAACUACCUGGCCGAGCUGAGAGAUCACCUGAACUACGAGCAGCUCGUCGUCCCGGCCGACGUCGCCAGGCACGAUGAAAAGCUCCUCGCUGCUCAGAAAGGCGGACCCCCUCCCUCCAUGAAGACCCCCCCGCCUCGACCCCCCCUGCCCACGCAGCAGUUUGGCGUCAGUCUGCAGUACAUCAGAGAGAAGAACCGGGACGCCGUCAUCCCCCCCGUCGUCUCUCAGACCGUCGCCUACCUGAAGGAGAAAGGCCUGAGGACGGAGGGGAUCUUCAGACGCUCGCCUCGUGUUCAGGUCAUCAAGGACAUUCAGAAACUCUACAACCUGGGUAAACCUGUAAACUUUGAUGAGUUCUCAGACGUCCACGUUCCCGCUGUGAUCCUCAAAACGUUCCUCAGAGAACUUCCAGAACCUCUGCUCACCUUCAGAGUCUACAACCAGGUCCUGGAGCUCCUCAGUGUGGAGAGCAGUCUGAGGGUCAGCAGGUGUAAACAGAUCAUUGAAAGUCUUCCUGAACAAAACUUCAUCGUGACAAAGUUCCUGCUCUGUUUCCUCCACAUGGUGUCUCAGGAGAGCAUCGUGAACAAGAUGAGUCCCUCUAACCUGGCCUGUGUGUUCGGGGUCAACCUGCUGUGGCCUCGUCACGGCUCCUUCUCUCUGAACGCUCUGACGCCCGUCAACAUCUUCACCGAGAUCCUCAUCGAACAUUACCACGCCGUGUUCGGCUCCCGCAGCCCGCCUGCACAGGUAUUACCCUGAACCUGCACAGGUAACCCCCUGAACCUGAACAGGUAACUCCCUGAACCUGCGCAGGUAUUACCCUGAACCUGCGCAGGUAACCCCCUGAACCUGUACAGGUAACCCCCUGAACCUGUACAGGUAACUCCCUGAACCUGCACAGGUAACCCCCUGAACCUGCACAGGUAACUCCCUGAACCUGCACAGGUAACCCCCUGAACCUGCACAGGUAUCACUCUGAACCUGCACAUGUAACUCCCUGAACCUGCACAGGUAACCCCCUGAACCUGUACAGGUAACUCCCUGAACCUGCACAGGUAUCACUCUGAACCUGCACAGGUAACUCCCUGAACCUGCACAGGUAACCCCUGAACCUGCACAGGUAUCACUCUGAACCUGCACAGGUAUCACUCUGAACCUGCACAGGUAUCACUCUGAACCUGCACAGGUAACCCCUGAACCUGCACAGGUAUCACUCUGAACCUGCACAGGUAACUCCCUGAACCUGCACAGGUAACCCCUGAACCUGCACAGGUAUCACUCUGAACCUGCACAGGUAACUCCCUGAACCUGCACAGGUAACCCCUGAACCUGCACAGGUAUCACUCUGAACCUGCACAGGUAUCACUCUGAACCUGCACAGGUAUCACUCUGAACCUGCACAGGUAUUACCCUGAACACCUGGUGGUCUCUUCCUCUGGAAUAAUUUUUUUGGUUGUUUUGGGACAUUGUUGCAUCACCUAGGGCUCAGGGUCAAAAUAUCUCACCUGUCGACUUCACCUCUUCCUGUGGAUAUUCUUCUCACCUGGAGGUCGACUCUCAAAGACUUUAAAGACUGAAGCUGCACGUUCACUCUGCUCUCCUUCUCUUUAUUAUUAUUUGAUUUGCUGUCACUUUUUUAGAUGAUGUUGAUUGUUGUUUGUGAGCUUGAAAAAGAAAAAUCUGAGGCGCUCAAAUCAGGCGUCUGAUGAGGUCAUCUGUGUGUUGAUAUUUUUACAUUUUGUAAUAAGCCCCUCCCCUGAAGAUAGGACUCUGAAAACAUCACAGACAGUGGGACUCGGGUGUUACACCCAUUGUAGACAGUCAUGACUCACAGAGUUAUUUUCAGAGGAGAUGCUUGAUUUCUACAUUUAAGGGUUAAAAAUAACAAAUAAAGACUUUGAGUGAUUUAAUGAAAAAGUCUAAACGUGUUACUGAUCAGAGAUGUGAAGUUCUGACUUCUUGUUACCAGAAAACAUGUCGACGGUAAAAGGAAUGAAUCAGUAUUUUGAAAAGUC